AAAAAAAAAAACUGCAACCAUCACCGACGCGCUGGUGGUGGGGGUCACGAACUAUGACCUUUAACAGAAGAAAACCAAAACAAACAUUUUUAUAAAAAAGGACGAGAGCGCCAAAUCUGUGAGCAGUGUUGAUUGGAGACCUCACUAAUGUCCUUACAUCAUCAGGACCAUGAACCUGAAUCUGCUCUCGCAGCAGAAAUUGGGCUCUGAGCACGAGGGAGAGGGGUCAUGCUCUCCUUCAGACUCGAUGAUGAGUGAGUCGCCACAGCGCUUUCAGGUCAUCUCCACUGAACCUACCACAACACCACAGCGAAUACAGAUUGUAACCGACCAGCAGACAGGUCAGAAGAUCCAGAUAGUGACAUCAAUCAAGCCCCCUAGUGCUCAGAAACAACAAUUCAUUCUGACUACGGCUGACAGUUCAGGGGCAAGCAAGGUUAUCCUGACCUCAUCAGACAGCCAAAAUGCUAAGCAGCUCAUCUUCACUGCUGCAGACAGCCUGCUGCCUGGAAGGAUACAGAUUGUAACAGACCCAGUGUCAAUGGAGAGGUUGUUUGGGCAGACAGGGGACUUGGGGCGAGCACAGCCAGUGGAGUACUGUCUGGUGUGUGGGGACAAGGCCUCAGGUCGUCACUACGGAGCGGUCAGUUGUGAGGGAUGUAAAGGCUUCUUCAAGCGGAGCGUGAGGAAGAACCUGACGUACAGCUGCCGCAGUAAACAAGACUGUGUCAUCAACAAACACCACCGCAAUCGCUGCCAGUUCUGCCGGUUGAGGAAAUGCCUUAAUAUGGGGAUGAAGACUGAGUCUGUCCAGAGUGAGAGAAAGCCCAUCGAUGUAUUGCCCAGAGAGAAGCAUGCCAACUGUGCUGCCUCCACCCAAAAGAUCUACAUUCGCAAAGAUCUAAACAGUCCACUUAUUGCCACGCCAACCUUUAUCUCAGAUACAGAGACAGACGGCUCCAGAUCCAGCCUGCUGGACCAGGGGAUGCUGGUUAAUAUCCAGCAGCCGAUCAUCCAGAGUGAUGGAACUCUGCUGCUGGCAGCUGACUCAAAGAUGGAGUCUGGUCAAGGGGACUUGGGGACACUGGCCAAUGUGGUGACAUCAUUGGCAAACCUGAGUGACUCACUGAAAGAGAAUCUAAACAACAGUGAUACCUCGGACAGCCAACAGGAGGAGCAGUCUGCCAGCGAGAUAACACGUGCCUUCGACACCCUGGCCAAAGUUUUCAGCCCAACUGAAAUGGGUUCCGGACAGAGACUGGCAGAUAAGUCACAUUGUGUGGGUGGAACAACCAUUCAGCUGAUUGGCCGAGACCAGGAGACCCCCAUCAUUGAGGUUGAAGGACCACUGCUCACAGAUAGCCAUGUUGGUUUUAAGCUGACCAUGCCAAGCCCUUUGCCCGAGUAUUUGAAUGUACAUUACAUCUGUGAGUCGGCGUCCAGACUUCUCUUUCUCUCCAUGCACUGGGCACGAUCGAUCCCUGCCUUCUCAGCUCUUGGUCUGGAGGCACACACUUGUUUGGUGCGAGCCUGCUGGAAUGAGCUGUUCACUCUGGGUCUGGCUCAGUGCGCUCAUGUGAUGAACCUGUCAACUAUCCUCACUGCCAUCAUCAACCACCUUCAGAGCAGCAUCCAGGACGACAAGCUUUCGGGGGAAAGGGUGAAGCAGGUGAUGGAGCAUAUUUGGAAGUUCCAGGAGUUCUGUAACAGCAUGUCGAGGUUGGACACGGACAGCUACGAAUAUGCCUACCUGAAAGCUAUUGUAUUGUUCAGCCCUGAUCAUCCAGGUGUGGACGGCAGCGGGCAGAUUGAGAAGUUCCAGGAGAAAGCUUUGAUGGAGCUGCAGGACUAUGUGCAGAAAACCUAUCCAGAAGACACCUACAGAUUGACUCGUAUUCUGACUCGUCUCCCAGCACUUCGCCUCAUGAACUCGAGCAUCACAGAGGAGCUCUUCUUCACUGGCUUGAUCGGUAACGUGUCUAUUGACAGCAUCAUUCCCUACAUCCUCAAGAUGGAGACGGCUGAGUAUAACAGCCAGGACUCUGACCCUUCAGAAUGACAGCCAAUCACUUCGACACUCCAGCACCCAGAACUUUCAAAUGAGUGAGUCUCCACUUCAGGUACGCUGUAUGUCUCUCAUAGGGUUAACUGUUGAACCCAGGUCCAAAUACCUGCAGGGGACCCCUUGUUUUCCUACAAUACAUGGUGCAUAGUCAUUCAGGAAUCCCUACAUGAAAAAAAUAUUCUGGUAUUUGAAAUCCAGUAUGACACUUGGAAUGUUUUCUGAUGCUCAGGCAGUUCAGUCAUCUUGUGUUUUGGGCCUAAACUGGGUAACUCUGAGCUGAAUUCAAAACAGGAAUCCUCUGCAGCUGCAUCUGUACUCAUCCCCUUGAUGUUUUUAAAGCACUUACAAAGCCUUAUCAUGCUCUCAUGUCGACCACAUUCAUAAAUGAUCUUAAGUUUAUUUCAGAUAUCAGAUACAUUUUAAUGAUAAUAAAAACCUAAUAGAAAUCUUAAAAAGUGAAAGUAUAACUGCAUCUUUUUAAAAAGCAGAAUCUGAUAAAGUAAAGUACUAACUCUUAAGUGUUUUAAACUGUUAAGGAUGUUCUAGUAUUGGUAUUUGGGAACAUUUUGAGUGCAUCAGUAUAAAGUGGUAUUACAAUGAUAGUGAUUUGGUGUUGACAAUUGAGGCUGUUACAGAGACCACUUGAUGCUCUUCUGAACGUCAUACUACAAAGAAUUGAAGACUGCUUGGCAUUAUUUUCUUGUUUUUAUGUUGUCAAACUGAACAGGACUGAUGACUGAACUUCCUAGAAGAUAAAAGCGAAUGAGCUACAGUUCUUCAGUUUGAAUAAAAAUACAAUCAUGGUUUGAAUGACAACUGUCAUUUUAUACAACAACUUAAUUUAAACCUGAAUUAUCGAACCCUUUCCAUUUGAAUAUGGAGUCACAUUGGCAAAGCUUUGAGCUACCACCAAGCCCGUUCUUAGCUCAUGAGAACAUGACAAACUUCAGAGGCCUGUACUUCGAGGUCAGCGGGGUCACUUCAGGGUCAAAUCUGGGCACUACGAAGGUCGCUCACUUCUGACUGGGGAGGAGAUGGCCACGGUAACUUGUGCUAAACACCGAGGCUGUAGGUCAUAUUGGGGAUAAGAGAUCCAUUUGUUGUUUCCUGGACAAUUUAAUUUGAAGAUAUCCAUGAAAGAUUUACAUUGUGCUUCACUGAUAACAACAGAGACUUAUAACAGGUUAUAAAAUAUAGUGACACACUUAUGAUGGAGAGAUAUUAUAAGCCUUUAAGUCUCUCUAAGUCGUUCAUAUUUCUGUCGUCGUUCAUAAGUAUGUAACAUAUUGCUAUCGGUUGACGGUAGACUUGACCAUGUUUGUGAUUGGUUCAUGCUGGUAACCCUGCCCCUUACAUGUGAACUCGCUCAUAGAAACUCUGGGUUGACUUGUCAUAUUAAUAACCAGCUUUGUGUUACCUCUAAGCAUGACCUCCUUUUGUUAUGGUUGGUAUAGCCGAAUAACAAAAGCACUUUCUGCGUAGUACAGGCCUCUGAUGUCAUUCUGUCUUUAAGUUGAACUUCUAACUCACAUUCACAACGUCAUAUCUGCCAAAGUAACCCAAAAAAUACGCUAACCCUUUUCCUUUUUUGAAACAUCAAAACAUCUUUAAGUCUUGGAGUGUUAUGAUGUGAAGGUACUCUUAUAUAUCGAUAUUAUAGCCAUUAAGUUGCUAAUCACCAGUGCAAUCACCUCAUCACUUUCCCCCGUAUGACAAUCAUUAUAUGUUACUUCCUUUUGUCCCAUUGUUGUCAUAACUGUCUGCUUAACCUUUGUUUUGUAUGUGUUAUCAAUAUCAGUUAUUUCCUUUAAGGAAUAAGGUAAUCUCAAAAGUUUUUCUUUCAAAAUGUUACUAGAGUGUAGCUCUGCUACUGUUUUUGUACUUGUGUUUGUAUUUGCUAUUUGCUAAGUGCACAUCGAUCAGCUUAUCUGACAUUCCUUUAUGUUCAUGCUGACUAAAACCUUUCUGUUUGUGUGUUCAUCAUUUAUAUUUUGUUGUGAACAAAUGUGUUUGUUACAUACAAAGUGUACUUAAAGUACUUUCGGGCAGGUUUCCCUGAUAUAAAAAAAAAAAGACAAAUGAUGGGAGCUGGUCUCAGGUGCACUGAUGUCUUGAAGACUGAAGUCAUACACUGAUGUGUAUCGGCCUACCCACUAGUGGAAUGGUUUAAAAUGAGCAUCCACACCAACAUGAAUGAUGGGGGAUGUAAAGAAGUAAGCAAGGAGUGUGUCUUGUGAAAUAAUGGUGUGUGUGUUAUUUGGGUUUGCAGCCCAAACAGACUGUUUAAGGCGCUGUCAUGAAAUGGCCUUCGUACAUGUAAUUUCAUCAAAAUGAGUGCAUGUUGUUUUUAAGCAUUUUAUAUACUUGUUGCUGUCUGCCCUUAUAAGGAGCAUUGUUAUCUUUUUGUAGUGCAUUUCAGUGCAUGACGUUUCUUAAGUGCAUUUUAAAUGAUGUAUGAAAAAUUUUAUUUUAAUUUAACUGUUGUGGCUUUAAGUAUUUACCCUGAGCAGCUCCUAAACUGCAGAUCAGAUGAGAUUUUUCCAGCUUUGUGGAUUUAGUAUCUUAUGUUUAACAUUUUAUACUAUGUUAAUAUACCUUGUCAUUUUUUUUUUUGCACAUGUAAAGUAUGACCCUUCAAACAUUGAACAACAUUCAAACAACAUUCAUGUUCCGCUCAAGUUUGUCACAACCCUACAUUUCUACCUCAAAGUGAUAAAGAUAUGAAACAAAUGUAUGAAAGACUGAGCUUCUGUAUCAGCAUUCUAGUCUCUGAGGCGGGCUUCUCUGAAGCCACACAUUCUGACAGAAAUAAACAAUUCAUAGUGAAAUAU